AUGUCCAACAAAGAGACAUGUCCAACAAAGAGACAGGUCAAAGAAAGAGACAGAGGCAAACAAGAGACACGUCCAACAAAGAGACAUGUCCAACAAAGAGACACGUCCAACAAAGAGACAUGUCCAAGAAAGAGACAGAGGCAAACAAGAGACAUAACCAACAAAGAGACACGUCCAACAAAGAGACACGUCCAACAAAGAGACAUGUCCAAGAAAGAGACAGAGGCAAACAAGAGACAUAACCAACAAAGAGACAUGUCCAACAAAGAGACAGGUCCAACAAAGAGACAUAACCAACAAAGAGACACGUCCAACAAAGAGACAUGUCCAAGAAAGAGACAGAGGCAAACAAGAGACAUAACCAACAAAGAGACAUAA